AUGCAUUACGGUGGUCCGGGAGGGUUCUCAGAGGAGGCUAGCUCCGGAGGUGGGUGGACGACUGUGGGGGACAACUUCCCAGCCUAUCCCCCUAUCGACUGUGAUAAACACCAGGGAGGCAAAACGCGAUGCGUUUAUUCAAUAGAUUGUCCAGAGGCCGUACACAAUGCGGACGGGUAUCUAUUUACCGGUGCCUCGGCAUUCAAAGCCAACCACGAAAACACCAUAACCCAGCGCUUUCUCGCAAACGUCCGAGAGCGUCAAAGAACACAGUCGUUGAACAAGGCCUUCGCUGAACUUCGGCAUAUUAUUCCCACCCUACCGUCGGACAAACUAAGCAAAAUCCAAACUCUACGGCUUGCAACACAAUACAUCAAUUUCCUAUCUAAUCUUCUCAAUGAUUCACAACAUCUACAAAAUUCUCCCGCGCCAGUCGAUGGACCUGUACCGAUGCCUGAAACUCAACUUCUGCGGACAAAGUCGCCCAACGUUGUGGCCAACCAUCAGACUGCUGAUUCAUCCAUUAAUAUAGCUGAGAGUGCGUACUACACCCCGAGUGUACACGCAGACGCCCAUAGCGUCAGGUUCAGUCAGGCUUUCGCGCUUUGGAAAGUCAAAUCAGAGUGA